CUAAAAAAGCGCCCCGCGGAAAGCGUUUAGGUAUCAGCGAAUUUGAUUGGAUAAGUAAACCCGAAUUUCGGCGGUGGGCGGGCCAGGCGAUUCACGUGACUUGUUUUUUUCCAAAAUGUGUAAUUCACUCAUCAGAUACACGCACUGAAUACCUCGAGGUAAGAUAGGACUCAUAUUUUGUGUUUUGGGUGUGAGUUUUUCAUCAAUUUGGAUUAAGAUAUAUCGGAUUAACUCGUAGGAUUUUAUACAGACCAUUAUACCGUUGUUAUUUGUGCAUUUUAGAGACUUUGGAUUUACUUUGUGACUGCAUUUUAAACCAUUCUGAUUCUGUCUGGAUUAAUACGGUUAUUGUUUCACAAGUUGUUUAUCGGGUGGACGAACGGAAAUUGAAAAAAACUGUGAUCGGUUUAAAAUAAAAGGAUUUUAUCGCUUAAAAGAAACAUCAACCUCAUCAAGACAUAUCUGAUGUUUUUAAGACUUUGACUGGAAUAUUCUGAAGCUCGUCCAUGAGUAAGACGUGGGUGACGCCCUCGAAAUCAGAGUUCUAACGUGGGUGACCUCAUCAUGACCAUGGAGGCGGACACUCGGCUUGGCCUUUUGACCCAGUUACUUCUCUUUGCGUUGUCGUGGCAACUGACUCUUGGCUCGGAUGGUUCUGCUCCUGAAUGGUCCUCGAUAUUGUUGCGUGAUCGACAGGUAUAUGUCAACGACUCCACCAAACUCCUGUGCAGGUAUAAGGGAGCCCCCAAACCCUUCAUCGAGUGGUAUGCAAAUGGAGAACGUCUAGGACCGUCCAAAAGGUUCAAAAUAGCCAAAUAUUCCCUGAAUCUUAAAGAUAUUAAACCCAAAGACGCGGGUAGUUAUGCCUGCAAAGUUUGGAACCGGUUUGGGAUCCUUUGGGGAAACUUUACUCUCAAAGUUUUAAACAAUACUGAAAGUCCAACGCCUCCUGACUAUUACAUUGAAGUCCCUGAAGAUAUCUUUGAAGAUCUGAAAAGUAAACCAGCAUUUUCAAGAAAGAAGGAUUAUUCCGACUAUGUAAGCGGAUCUGCAACAAAAUCCGUGACGCUGGACUGCGACGCAAUAGGGUAUCCUGAUGCGAACAUCACAUGGUACCGAACAACAAAACUGAGUAACGGAAUUCCGGAACCAAAUGUGCCAUAUAAACCCAAUAUGCGCCAAACUGGGCUCCAGCCAAUCAAUUACAGCAAUUCCAAGUACAAAAAGGAAGGCUGGAAGUUAACAAUUGAAGACAUUGCGCUGGAAGACAAGGGGAACUACACUUGCAUUGUAGCUAACGAACUUGGCUCAAUCAACUGGAACUUUACUGUGGAGGUCCUUCAGCGUCUUCCAAUCGCCCCGAUUGUGGCUGCGUUGGAGAACCAGACUGCUGUGGUCGGUGAGGACGUCAUGUGGACGUGUCAAAUCGGGCUGACCGACUCGCAACCAAUGUUGCAAUGGUUACAACAUUACCAAGUCAACAACUCGUGGACGAAUGAAAAAGGCCAGCCACAUGUCAAGUUGUUGCAGUUUGAGAAGACUGUAGAUGACCCACAACUCCUUGAGCUAAAAAAUGUCUCUGUGAAUGACGCGGGCUGGUACACAUGUCUUGCAGCUAACUCCGUCGGAAUGAACUACCGCAGUGCUUACCUCACUGUUCUUACUGGCUCGGAUGGUUCUGCUCCUGAAUGGUCCUCGAUAUUGUUGCGUGAUCGACAGGUAUAUGUCAACGACUCCACCAAACUCCUGUGCAGGUAUAAGGGAGCCCCCAAACCCUUCAUCGAGUGGUAUGCAAAUGGAGAACGUCUAGGACCGUCCAAAAGGUUCAAAAUAGCCAAAUAUUCCCUGAAUCUUAAAGAUAUUAAACCCAAAGAUGCGGGUAGUUAUGCCUGCAGAGUUUGGAACGAGUUUGGGAUCCUUUGGGGAAACUUUACUCUCAAAGUUUUAAACAAUACUGAAAGUCCAACGCCUCCUGACUAUUACAUUGAAGUCCCUGAAGAUAUCUUUGAAGAUCUGAAAAGAGCGGUCCACAUAGACGACUGUCCGUUGGAGAGACUUAUCCCCAUCUGGCUGAUCGUGAGCGGGGUCGCCCCCAUCUUCUUUAGCGGCGCGGUGCGCAAACCGAAUGGAGAAGAGGGGAAGGAGGAGACGGAGACCGGAGGUUGCGCACAUGUGGCGCGAAGCAUCUGUGGGGCGAUUGCGCUGGUGUUUAAUCUUGCAUGGCUCAUUUGUGGGUCUGUAUGGAUCUACCCAACCUACGGCAAGGUAAACGAGGACGGAUUUACUCCCUGUGCUGGAAACGUUACGACGGGCUGCUCUGACGACUGCCAUAAGCCGACCUUGACCUUUGCUUUUGCUAUGGUGACCAUGGACUGGAUAUUCUUUGCAUUCUGGUUAAUUGCUAUUGGUUGCAGUGUGCGCCAAGUUUUGGCAAAGGCGAAAGAAUCGCAAAAUUUAAACGGCUGAUUUUGCUCGUGUUAGAAAUUUUUCAUUCAAGUUCUUUAUGUAUCUUUCAGAUUAUUACCGCAUUACCGACUUUUCCAUCGUUUAUACCUGUACGAGUUUUAUAAAAUCAGAUGAAAAUCUCUCUCGCUACUGAAGUGGAGAUAACUCUUGAAGAAAAUUGCAUACACUAAAUACCUCAUAAGACAAGUAUUUUUGUAAUUGUUUUUGUUGUAAAUGUGUUUAUUUUGUUAAGUGAUUGGGAUUUUAAUGGAUUGGAAUGAAGAAAAAUACUCAUGCUAUAUAUUUAUAUAUUGAUUUCAAGUAUAGAUUCCAAACGUAAAUUUAAUAUGUUUCCAUCUUGGGUUAAAGACUUGGAUAAAUACGUGUUGUUUAUAAACAACACGGUUUCUUUUCUCUCUUUAAUAACUAGUUAAAUGAUGUUGAUGUUAAUAACAUAAAGAGCUCUUUGUUUUACGCUAUAACUUUAAUAUGUUGAAAAUACAAAAUAUCAACUUAAACUACCUAGCUUUAAGUACAUGUAAUAUCACCUUGGUUUACGAAGAGUCUAAAGACAGUCUCAGACUCCGAAAAUGAAAUAUUUAAAAUCUGAAGAAAAUUCAUUUACAUGACUUUUUCGCAAAGAACUAUGGUUACGAGAUUUACGAUUCAAGUUUCACAUCAACACUCGCCAUGAAGAAAAUUUACAAUAAAAAUGAAAUUUUGCGUCUUGCGCUUGAGCUCAGACUUGAGACUAUGCACAUAAACAUGUUGUACUUAAGAACUGCCCCAACUUGGAGUUCUGGCAAAACUGUAAAUCAUCAUUUCAUUUUAAUUUUCCUAUCUGAGUAUUGGUAGUGAAUCUUGCUGAUUAUUUUCUAAAUAUAAAAUUAUUAUUGUUGUUGUUGUUGUUGUUGUUUUCUGGCCGUUAAUAAACAUGGACCAUGGCUGUUUAAAAACAUGGAUUACGCAAUAACACGUUUGUAUUGUUAAGUGUUAUUUUGUUUCAGUGACUCGUUUUCUUUUCAAACUUUUGUCAGUGUAUAUAAGACUCAUGUUUAAUGUAUAGAUGGCAAUACCAGUCAAAGAAGGAAAUGGAUACCUUUAAGCCUUUGGCUUUCUCCACAAACCUUUAUAUUUAUAUAGGUAGUAUUACCUGGGCUUUGCAAUAUGCACAUUGCCUCUUGCAACUUAUGGACCGACGUAACGUAAACUACUGAUAGCUAAAUGCCUUUUACAAACAUUUUCUUCGUUGAAGUCUAUAUUACAUGAAACUUCCAAGAAUGGAUUACAAUAUUCAAAUCACUGUGUAGAGAUAUUAAACCGCAUCGG